AUGUCAUUUACUACAGAGUUCAAGUCCUUGUCAGAAUGGUCUCCAGAAUCAAGCGAUUCCCAUAAUGUGACCGCAGUGACUUCCGUUCCGGGUCCUAACGGUAACUUUACUACCAACCGGAGGUUAUCAAGGUCAAGCCAAAUUCAAAGCCGCGCGGGCGCCAUUGUAAGUACUGCAGCUGCUACCGAAAACCCACAUCUUCUUGCCACUACUGCUUCAGCAAAAGCAACCACUGCUUCGAUAACCCAUGUCUCAUCUGGACUCAGCAGUACCAAAACAAGUCGUGGAAGUUGGCCAGCGAUCAUCUCAUUUUGCUCACAUUCAGACGGUGUUGCCUUUGUUGGGAUUGGAUUCAUCACCACUCUUGCGGAUGGAAAAUCUUCAAUCACCAAUACCAGCCCGAGUCAAUCACUCAUAUCAGCGAGUGCGGGCCCAGGUUGCGCUGGAGAGGUUGCUGUCUCCAGAUAUGGUCUCAUUACAACCAUCCAGCUAUCUACUCUUCCGUCUGCAACGGCGUUUUCAGAUUUCAGUGCACAAAUUGUGACUCAAAGUGAUAGCGUGAUACAGUACAGCCCCGAAACAAUUUCCGGAUACAACAACGCACAGCCCAUCGAGAUCUCGACCAAUUUCGUGGAAGUGGUCGAUGGACACACCACGACACAGGGAGGAUGGUGGCUAAUCGGAGUUAAUGGACACAUCGAAGUUCCAAAAAAUCGGCUAUGGAAAAUCGGCAAAGGCAUAGGUUGCAUUGGUGGACCCGCACUCUGCAACAUGCCAUGUGGGGCUGUUGACGUAGGCCUUGACCUAUUUGUUCUCAUUGAUCACCAUGACUGUACACCUGAUGAAACAGGCCCACCUGGAUAUCCCGGAGGUGCUGUUCUUGGUAUCGAUCCGACAGUGGAUCCACCUUACCCGCAAGACGGAGAAGGUUCCGACGACGGAGAGCAGACGGGGGAUCCUGAGAAGAAGACCGCCACAAACGAAGAUGAGUCGACUACUACCUCCAUGACGACGUCAAGGCCGAGGUCAAUCGCGUCUUUAUCAACAGUAUCAUCUGCAAGCCAGACCUUGUCAAGUUCAGCAUCCGCCAUACAUUAUAUUGUAGUUGCAGUCGUAGGCGCCGACCAGACUAACUUAGAGCAAGCACUGCGAGAGUUUGACCCCGAAAAAGGAGGAUCUUACGAGCCUGAUGUUGGUGACACAUCAGUCAGCGGUGGCACGUGGGUAGAUUAUGGGCUAAACUCAACUGAAGCGGAGCAGCUUUCCUCGCGAAGCGACAUUCUGGCUCUCGUCACGUGUUGUGCCACAGUGUCAAUGUUCGGGCCUGGGUCCAGCCCUCCGGCCCCCCCACAGACCGUUGAUUCUACAGUGUCGCUUGUCACUCUGAUUCCAUCGUCUCUGGCGACUUUACCAGCGUCCAUCAUUCCCAAACAUCGCCGAGGCAACGUUGGCUCAAGAAGCAGCUCUGGUGUUGUUCGUAGUCAUGUUCAGACAAAGACCAAAGUUGAGGACAGCCUGCAAAAAAGAGAUGUGGGCACGCGACUAGUCCGACAAAAGCGAACCCUGAACACCUACCCAGAAGAUCUCUCCGUGUUCGCUUGGGCGCCUGGUGUACCAUCUAUCGCGGGCACUGACUACAUAUUCGAAGAAACCAAGGGUGAGAGUACCUGGGUUUAUCUUGUUGAUACUGGCGUUGCGUAUCGCCAUUGGGAGUUUCAGAAUAAUUGGAUUUCAGUUCAUGACCACGAUAAAACCAAUAUCGACGACAAUUGGAUCUAUGGACCUGGUGCGCCCCAAGUUAAAGCAGACUAUCAUAGCGGGGGACAUGGCACAUGCAUGGCCUCAAGGAUAUGUGGCAAAAGAAGUGGGAUCGCAAAGCAGACAACCAUCAUUCCAGUGGUCAUACGAGAAAGUUUAGGAGGACUCGUCUCGGGCCUCCAAAAGGCCCUGGAGGAUAUCCCAGAACGGCAGAAAAAAGGGCAAUCCCUACCCGGAAAGACCGUGGUCAGCAUUUCAUUGAAUGUGCCAACCACUGACAGCAAAUACAUCACUUUACUCAGCGAUGCAAUCAAGGGUAUUAUGAAUCUCGGUGUCGUGGUCGUGUGUUCUGCGGGUAAUGAUGGUGACGACCCUGACUUGGAUGAUUGGGAAGCCUAUACUUAUCCAGCGGCUUUGGCAAAAACGCAACUCCCUUGGCUAAUGAGAAUUGGUGCAGUAGACAACAAGGGUGUCCUCCCUGACUGGGCACAAAAGGGCGAUGUCUACGCUCCCGGGGUCAACGCUCUGUGCGCCAAUAAAGAUGGUCUCACCUUGGAGGAACAAAGCGACGGCUCUUCGGGUGCUACUGCCUCCGUCGCAGGGCUGAUCGCAUAUGAGAUGGGCAAGACAUCAUGCCCGUUUGACUUCUCGGGUAAGGAGGAGGACUAUCCAGCGUAUCAGCGGAUUACCAAACAAUAUUACACAGACGGUCCUGGAGCCUAUGUGCGGCCUGGAGGCGUGUGGCGUGUGGCUUGGAAUGGCCUCGAUGGAAGGGCAAGUACCACAUGCCCACUCACUGUGCAGAAGAGAGAUGGUGAAGAUGACGGUGAGGACGAUACGUGUGCGCAGCCGAGCUCCGCAUCUUCAGCCGCGGCGGCAGCUUCUUCCUCGGCCUCAGCUGCUGCUGCCGCUUCCUCUCUAGCCGCCGUAACGGCAGCAUCGUAUGCUUCAGCACUGGCCGCUGAGUCGCCAUCUCCCACCACAAACCCUCCGCCCAAGGCGCCCGAUAGUCCUGGACUAUUUAUCGGACUAUUAGUCCAGACUAGUCUACUAAAUCAAUAA